GUUUAUUUGUCACGUGAAAGACAGAAAAUAACGUAUCUUUCUUCAGUCGCCGAAAUGGACAACAGGGUACAUCCCGAUCCGGCGCAGCGAGAGUCAGCGAAGACUGGAUGGCUGGAGUUUCAGCGCAAAAAUACUGAUAUCGAAGGACAAAAGAAAAACUGUUUGAAACUCUUCUUCCGUUUCCUGAUAAUCAGCUGUGUUGUGAGCGACUCCAUAAUUGCAGUCCUCCAAACAAUCACAUUCAUUUCACAGAAACAUGGAUUUGUGUUAUAUUUAUGUGAACAGAUUUUUCUGAUGGUCUUUGUACUGGAAACUCUGGUCAGGUGGUAUAAUGGCUUCAAGAUGUUCUGGAGGAGCAGCUGGAACAUCAUGAACCUCCUGAUCACCCUCACUCUCUUUGUGGGACACAGGGUCACCAGUGAUCCCAUCGCAUUUACAGUUUUCAGAUGUCUGCGUUCGAUUCGUCUGACCCUGUGUCUUUGUUCCAUGCAAGAAAUGGACAUGACACUGAAAGCCACUCUGCAAUCUUUCUCAGAGAUGAAAAUAAUCAUCUUUAUUAGUGUGGUUGGCAUUCUGGCUUUUACUGUUGCUGGAGUCGACAUGUUCAGUACUACUCUUCCAUCAGCCUUUGAGAAUCUGUCUUUAACAUUUUACACUUUGUUUGUCUGCAUAACCCAAGACUCAUGGAUGGAUACCUAUAAGAUAUUACAAGAAGAUGAAAUGGGAAACACGUUUUGGACCUUACUGUACUUCUCCACAUUCAUCCUAUCUAGCGGCCUAAUGCUUUCAAUUUUUGAUGCUUGGAUACAAGGCAAUUUCAUUGUAGCACAGAAAGAGCAGGCUGAGCAAGAGCGUCUAACAGUUAAUGCCUUGUUCAAGGACUCGCCACUGGAUGCCAAACUCAAAGCUGCGGACAUGAUUCAUGUGGAAGUGGUGGUUAAGAAGAUAAGCGAGAUCAAGCAUCAAAAGCCAUUAAGGAGUGGCUAUACAGAGAACCUGACUGUAGAGAACUACGAAAAUCUAGUCAUCGUCAUGUUAGCGAUACAAAGAAACAUGGAUGAAUACUUCACCAUUAAACGAGAGCUACAAAAGGCUACAGUGGAGGAGAUUAAGCAGCACGAUCAGGAGAUUACGCAGCUCAAGGAAACUGCCUCCUUGGAGAACAUGGUCAAUAAUGAGAUGUCCACUGGCGACAUAAUCUCCACUAUCAUCAAUUUAAGCAAUGCACAUCUUUUGGACACCAGCACAGACUCACCACAUCUCAACAAGAGCAAGAUACUGAAAGCUGGUGAACAGGCAACCUGAGCUCAAGAUGACCCAUUCCUCACAGAACUGGAAGAUCAGAAAAAAUACUGUGUACAAAUUAACAGAUCAUAACCAAUUGUUGCAAAUUAACUUUGUAUUUAUAGUUUCUGUUUUCCAUUUGUAGAUUUGUCAUACUACUGCAGCUUCUGCGUUUAACUGUCAAACUGUCAAAUAUCACGCAUUCUUAUCCAAGCAUGACAUUUCUGUUUUUAAAAUUGUACUGAA